AAUAAUUUUUUUGUUUUGUUUUGAAGUUUCAAAAGCAUAAUAGAGAAACCCCAUUUGGCUAAAAUUCAAGGAUUUGCAGCUGAAAGGUGCUGACAAUGUUGGAAUGCCAAAGCCAAAAAAACCUGAACAAAUGCUUCAACUUCUGCAGCAUUUUAUCAAACACUCAAACCAAAUUAGACAAAUACAUUCCCUGCUCACAACGAGCGGCCGUCUCCUCCUUACCUCUCAAUGGAUCAACACACUUCUUUACAACACUCUCAUCAGGGCUUAUCUCAACAUUUCUCAGCCUCAAACAGCUCUCAUCCUUUUCACCCACAUGCUCUUUCAUCAAGCUCAGCCGAAUAGCCAUACUUUCCCUUCCCUUAUCAAAGCAGCCUCGUCUUUCCCUCCCCGUUUGGCUUCAUAUAUAGGCAAGAACCUUCACUGUCAAGUCUUGAGAAGAGGGGUCUUGGGUGACCCGUAUGUGUGUACAUCUUUCAUUGGGCUGUAUUCGCACACGGGUGAACUCGGGAGUGCACGCAAGGUGUUUGAUGAAAUUCCGGAACCGUGUGUUGUCUCGUAUAAUGCAAUGCUUGAUGCUUGUGGGAAAAAUGGGGAUAUGGGUUUGGGGUUCUUGAUGUUUUCUCGCAUGUCUUAUAGAGAUGUUUAUUCAUGGACUAGUAUGAUUCAUGGGUACAUGAAGAACGGGUGCUCUGAAGUUGCUGUUAAGUUUUUCCAGAGAAUGAUGGUACACGAGGAUGUGAAGUGUGGUUUAUUGAAGCCAAAUGAGGCGACUUUUGUUAGUAUUCUUUCUUCUUGCACAUUUUUGGAUGUUGGUGUGGCAUUAUAUCUCGGGAGGCAAGUACAUGCUUACAUGGUAAAGAAUGAGGAGUUGAGUGUCUUCACGACGACCGCAUUGAUCGCGUUUUAUGGAAAGAUGGGUUGUUUGGUUUAUGCUUCAAAGAUAUUUGAUGCAAUGGUUAGCAAGCAGGUUUGCGCUUGGAAUGCUAUGAUUUCUUCCCUAGCUUUGAAUGGAAGAGAGAAGCAGGCAUUAAUGAUGUAUGAGAAGAUGAGGGCAAAGGGGCUGCAACCAAAUGAGAUUACCUUCGUGGCUGUUCUAUCAGCUUGUGCGCGUGCCAAGCUUGUUGAUUUCGGUUUUAAAUUGUUUGAAGCAAUGUCACAUGAAUUUGGACUUGUAGCUAAGAUGGAACAUUAUGGUUGUGUGGUUGAUCUCUUAGGGAGAGCUGGGUUACUGCAGGAAGCGUACGACUUCAUAAAGAAGAUGCCCUUUGAAGCUGAUGCCACUGUCUUGGGGGCUCUGAUGGGUGCUUGUAGACUUCAUGGAGCUAUUGAAUUGGGAAAUGAAGUAUCACAACUAUUGCUUGAGUCGCAACCGAAUCAUUCUGGCCGUUAUGUGCAACUCUCAAGCAUUUAUGCUGGCGCAGAGAGGUGGGAUCAUGCUGCUGCCUUGAGAAAAGCAAUGCUAGAUGCUGGAAUACACAAGGUUCCAGCCCACAGUUUAGUUUAGUAGAGCUGAUAACUGCAGCAGCUUAGUGAUGGCAUCUCUACUCAUCAAAUUCAGCUAAAAGGAUUCUGCAUAUGGAUUUUGCACAGAGAUUGAAGCACUGCUUCAGAUCAAGGAGGAUACAUUAAAGAAACCUGGUUUUAAAGUCUGUUUGGCGAGGUCUCUAUGCAAGUGGUUGUUUGGGACUGAUGCAUAGUUGCUGUUGUGUAGCAGUAAUACUUGAUUAACUCAAUCGGUACCGCCUACCUCCCACCAACACAGAUAGUGGGUAACUCAACCACCAACACAGGUCAGCUUGUGUUCUGCUAGGAUUCUAACCUUGGUUUCUAAGGUUGUUUCUCCUAUUUUUCAACUCCUAGACGAAACCCCAUUGUGGUUGUCGUUGCUAUUCAAGUUAUUGUAUGUUGAACAAUAUCCUGACAGAUUGUCACAUGUUUUACUAUGAUCCUGUUCUUGGGCGUUGUACGUGAUCCCUAAACAGUAUAUUAUCAACCAGUAGAACUUUACCAAUUCAUCUUAUUUACA